AUGUCCUUCGUCCGCUCCAUCACCUCCCUACUGUCAUUCCGGCGGUUCCAUGUCGGUGUUUACCUCUUAUCCAUCUCCACUCUGAUCUUCACGACAAUCUACCUUCGCCCCGAUCUAGGCUUCGAUCUUUCGGCUCUCUCAUACGUGUCCGCCACUCGAGCUCGCGGUGAUGCCGGAAGGGUCAUUACCAUAGCCUCGGACCCCUCGCCCUCGGAAUCGCGCUUAUGGGGAUAUGUCGAUAAUGAUCUGGAGGAAGAGGUAGAGAGGGAUACAUGGGUAUGGGUCGCGAACCAGCGGAGAGCGGGGUAUAGGCGGCCGAGCUGGGGAGGUAUGACGCAGCAGGGGCCCAAGGCACAUAUUAGGGAUAAUCUCAAGAAGGAGGAACGAUAUAUCACGACGUUUACCGAGGCAGGCUUCAAUAAUGAGGUCAUGGAGAUCGCGAAUGUGAUAGCUGUUGCCAUCCGCUCCAAACGUAUACCCAUCCUACCACCAUUCCUCCCCGACUACAAUCACCUUAUCCACGACGCUGCCGCAUACCUCACCGCAUCAGAAGUCUUUGACUUUACCGAUCUCAUCGCGAAAUACAGUGUGCCCAUUGUCGAAUCCCUCGAGCUCAAAGUCGGUAUUAAGGAUUCGGUACCAAUCAGCAAUCGGCAUCGGUCGGUGGUGUAUGACGGAGAACACCGUCAGGGCAAGCUUCGGAGAGGGGAUAUGAUCCAAGCGGAGACGCCCGAGCUGGACCAUAUCGCGUGCUGGAAUACCCACACUGCGAUCGCCGAUGGGCGUGGGGGAUACAUGGGUACGCUCUCGCCUGCAAAAUUUGAGGACAUACCCCUGCCAAAAUCAGCCUACGCCAAUCUCCCUUCGUUCUGGCACACCGCCAUCUCGCUCGCACGCACGUCCGAAGCCAUCGCAGCCUAUUCCAAAGCGGGCGAUUCCCUUCCCGAGGACAGCAUCAGUCGCAUGGCUGAACUGGGCUACGAGCCGGUCGUCAUGCGGCCGGACGAUCCUCUUGGCUGCAUACACCACGUGUAUCAUCUUCAUACGCGCCCCGAGGAUUCAGACGUACACGACGACUGGCGCCGGGGUGACGGAGUCUGGGAUGAGGUGGGGAAAUAUAUGAAGUUUCAGCCGGGCCUGGUGGUCAUGGCGGAGGAUUUGCUGCGGUACUCGUUUGACUUGAAGGUGGGGGAAGAGAUACCGCCGUAUAUGGCAGUGCAUAUCCGACGGACAGAUUUCGGCAAGCACUGGAAUGCAACACAGCGUCAAUGGGCUCAUCAAGCGUGGACGUUUCUCCGUGAUACCCAGCAGAAAGAGGACCAAGGCGUUCGGCAUAUCGUUUUCGCCACCGAUGAGCAGGACGAGGAGUGGCUCCAGGAGCUCAAAGACCUGGGUUGGGUACAUAUCGAUCACAAGGCAGCGCACACAGGCGAUAGGUUAGGAUGGUGGUUCCCGACUAUCUUAGACUCAAUUAUCCUCUCCUCGGCAAAGGUCUUCCUUGGCGUGCCUAGCAGCACCAUGAGCAUACUGCCAUACCGUCGGGUCCUGGACUGGCACGGCGGUGCAGGGCAGUGGGUCCAGUGGCCAGAUAGCUACACGGUUCCGCCAGAAUGGGAGUGGUCAGAUCCGUGGCUGAUCGGGUUGGAUGGAGAGGUGACAUAG